CCCACAUAUUCAUUUCAGGAAGAUGCAAGUUGGCUAGGCACAGAGCUAGAUACACUUGAGAACCGAAGCAAGAAGAAUAGCAACGCCACAGACAAACUAAAAUGUUUUGAUACCUUAACUCUUUGGGAAAGCCUCUUUAAAACGUGGUUGUAUCGACGCAUUGUAUUCUAUGUAACUCGUACUACCCCGGUUGUACUGUAUGAUGGACUGGACGGUUAGCAGUCGGGCCCUAGUGUGGUGCAUUUUCACGUUACUGUGUAGUAUUGACCCCCUUCAAAUGAGUUUCUGCCGAGCCAGCACCGUCUCCCUCCCUGAAAGCCUGCUCUUUGUGUCCACCCUGGAUGGAAACCUACACGCCGUCAGCAAGAAGUCAGGCUCUAUCAAAUGGACACUGAAAGAAGAUCCUGUUCUUCAGGUCCCAAUGCAUGUGGCAGAACCAGCUUUUCUGCCUGACCCUAACGAUGGCAGCCUGUACUCUCUAGGAGGGAAGAACAACGAGGGACUGACGAAACUGCCUUUCACCAUACCUGAGCUGGUCCAUGCGUCGCCCUGCCGCAGCUCUGACGGGAUCCUCUACAUGGGUAAGAAGCAGGACCUGUGGUACGUGGUGGACCUGUUGACAGGGGAGAAGCAGCAGACCCUCACAUCCUCCUUUGCUGAGAUGCUGUGUCCCUCCUCCUCCCUGCUCUACCUGGGACGCACCGAGUACACCAUCACCAUGUACGACACCAAGAGUAGAGAGCUCCGCUGGAAUGCCACCUACUUCGACUACGCCGCCACGCUGCCUGACGAUGACACCAAAUACAAGAUGGCCCACUUUGUCUCCAACGGUGACGGGCUGGUGGUGACAGUGGACAGUGAGUCGGGUGAUGUCCAGUGGAUGCAGAAUUACAACUCCCCCGUGGUGGGCAUGUAUAUCUGGCAGCGCGAGGGCCUGCGCAAGGUGCCGCUCACCAACGUCGCUGUGGAAACGCUGCGCUACCUCACCUUCAUGUCAGGCGAGGUGGGCCGCAUCACGCAGUGGAAGUAUCCCUUCCCCAAGGAGAAGAAGCCCAAGAACAAGCUCAUGGCCACACUCUACGUAGGAAAGCACUCCACCAGCCUGUACGCAUCGCCCUCCCUGGUGCAUGAUGGGAUCACGGUCGUGCCCCGCGGCAGCAGCUUCCCCAUGCUGGAGGGCCCUAACAGCCAGGAGGUGACCGUGGAGGAGGAGUGUGUGAUCACUCACAGGACCAGCGUCAAAUUAAACGCUGCCCUGAGGGAACGCAACCACAUCAACUUCAUGAGGAACCACCUGCUCCUCAUAGGUCAUCAUGAGACGCCUCCUGAUGCCCAUAACAAGAUCCUUGAGAAGUUCCCUGACAGUAUCCCACGCCAGCAGGGCAAUGUCAUCCCCCCCACCACAGAGAAGACCAUAGAGGAGAAGGUGAAUGAGAGUGACAUGGGAGACGGCCCCACUGUGGGCCCCAGCCCCCCAGCGGUCACCUCCAUCCAGGAGCAGCCGGGGCUGACCACACCGGUGAGAGUAGAGGCCCCUGUGGACUCCAUGCUUAAAGACAUGGCAACCAUCAUCUUCAGCACCUUCCUCCUGGCCGGCUGGGUAGCCUUCAUCAUCAUCUACCCCAAGAGUGUUCACAAGCAGCAGCAGCUGCAGCAUGAACAGUUCCAGAGGCAGUUGGAUGAGAGGCUGGAUCUCCUGAGGAGACAGCCGUUCCCUCCCCCAGGGACCGACCUUCCCCUGCUGGCCCCGGAUGCUGACUCAGACCACAGCAGCCCCAACGGCACCCCCAACAUCACCCCCCGCGCAUCCAACCACUCCAACCUGUCUGUGUCCGAGCUGGGCAGCUCCGCCAAUGAGCAUGAGGACGGAGAUGAGGACUCUGACGUGGUCAGAGUUGGAAAGAUAACGUUCCGGCCCAAAAAUGUUUUGGGACACGGUGCAGAGGGAACCAUCGUGUAUAAGGGUCAGUUUGACAACCGUGCCGUGGCGGUCAAGAGGAUCCUCCCAGAAUGCUUCAGCUUUGCUGACCGUGAGGUGGACCUGCUACGUGAGUCAGACGAGCACCCCAACGUCAUCCGCUACUUCUGCACCGAGAGGGACCGGCAGUUCCAGUACAUCGCCAUAGAGCUGUGUACCGCCUCACUGCAAGAGUAUGUGGAGAGACAGGAUUUUGACCGCCAUGGACUGGAGCCUGUGAUGCUGCUGCAGCAGACCAUGUCAGGACUGGCACACCUGCACUCCCUUAAUAUAGUGCACAGAGACCUGAAGCCCCACAACAUCCUGGUGUCCAUGCCCAACGCCCACAGCCGGGUGCGGGCCAUGAUAUCCGACUUUGGCCUGUGUAAGAAGCUGGCGGUGGGCCGACACAGCUUCAGCAGGAGGUCCGGGGUGCCCGGCACCGAGGGGUGGAUCGCCCCAGAGGUCCUCAGUGAGGACUGCAAGGACAACCCUACGUGCACGGUGGACAUCUUCUCUGCAGGCUGUGUGUUCUACUAUGUGGUGUCCCGGGGAUGUCAUCCCUUUGGCAAGUCUCUGCAGAGGCAAGCCAACAUCCUGCUGGGAGCCUACAGCCUGGACCAGCUACAGCCCGACAAACAUGAGGACAUCGUGGCCACAGACCUGAUAGAACAGAUGCUGAGUAUGGAGCCCCAGAGGAGGCCUUCUGCUGAGAGCGUGCUCAAACACCCCUUCUUCUGGAGCCUGGAGAAACAGCUACAGUUCUUCCAGGACGUGAGUGAUAGGAUAGAGAAGGAGCCGCUGGACGGACCAAUUGUAAGGCAGCUGGAGCGAGGGGGGCGGGCCGUGGUGAAGCUGGACUGGAGGGAACACAUCACAGUGCCUCUACAGACCGAUCUACGCAAAUUCCGGUCGUAUAAAGGAGGGUCCGUCAGAGAUCUUCUCCGUGCCAUGAGAAACAAGAAGCACCAUUACAGGGAGUUACCAGCAGAGGUCCAGGAGACUCUGGGCUCCAUCCCUGAUGACUUUGUCUCCUACUUCACCUCCCGCUUCCCCCACCUGCUGCGCCACACCUACCUGGCCAUGCACACCUGUGCACACGAGAGGUCCUUCCUUCCCUACUACCCCAGCUCAGAGCAGCUCACCUGGAUACGGACUCCCUACACACACCCCGGGCCACGCACACACCCCGUGCCCAAGGCCACACCCCCGCUGCAGACACACACGUUGCAGCCGGAGGAACCAACACCGUCAAACACCGUACCCUCACAGCCUAUGAUGGUGUCAAACACAAUCCCAUCCACAGCACCCCUACAGUCAGUGACCGUAUCAGACUCUACACCCAUACAGUCAAUGUCAAUCACAACAACAACAACAACAACACCCCCACAGUCAGUGCCAAUCAUAACAAUACCCCCACAGUCAGUGUCAAUCACAACAACACCCACACAGUCAGUGUCAAUCACAUUACCAGUAGAGCCAGUAUCACCCACAUCAUUAUCAGUCCAACCAGUACUGCCUAUAUCACCCCCACCCUCGUCCACACUGCCAGACCUGCCUCCACAGACAGUAUUGCCCACCCAGACCUCAGAACCCCCCACACCGUCAGAAACCCCCCUUACAGAUCCUGUCCCACCUGGACCACACGUACUGCCAGAGCCACAUCCAGCCACACAGGACACGGAGCCUGCCUGAGAGCCAACGAGGGGUGAUGGAUGGGUGCGGCAAAGAGGAGCGUUGCCUUAUGAGUGGACAUAUACUGGGGCUCUGUUGCUCUUUCCUGUGCUGGUGAGGACCAGGCCUGCAGUGCCUGGGAGCUGCCGACAGGGGGAGAAGCAGCCCAAACCAAGUGCCUUUCCUGCUCAACUGAGACAAAAUGGCUCCGAAUGGAACCGUCCCAAGUCCCAAGGUCCCUCGAAGCAUCAAGAAGCCAGCGUGGAAAUGAACUAGUGAGGGGCCGUACUGUGUAGUACAGAGAUAAUCAGUUUUAUUUGCAAUGGAGUCCCUCCUAAUGUCAAGUAUUGUGAGGUAUUUAAGUAUAGUUGGGCACAAAAUACUUGGCAAAGCAAGGGAGGAAUUCUUCUGUUGAUGUUGUUGGAAGAAAAGUUGACAAUGGUAGUUUUACUGUGGAAUCUUGUUAUUUCUCUUAAUGAGCCUUUUCACUGUAAAGAGGUGUAUAUUUUUGUAUAGGAGAUGACUUGAUAAUGACUUGAUAAUUGUGAUGUGGCCAUUGUGCCUUUUUAAAUAACACUGUGCUAUGUAUGUGAGCUCUGAGGGUAGACGCCCCUGAAAUAGUUUUGCUUGCUGCUGCUAGUGACGGCUUGUCUCUCUUGAAUCAAUACCAUUUCAGUGCCUGUCUUCCUGUGCAGGCGAGGGCAGAUAGUCCAAAGGGUGUUUGAACUGAACACUGGUAAAAACAUAAUGUAUGUAUCUUUUCUACUUUUAUCUAGUCUCUGUUAGCGUUGUGCUGUACAUCGGGCACAAGGCAAUAUGUGAUCUGAUUGUGUUUCUAUUGCAGGGCGUCACCCAAAGUCUUGUUUGCUUGAUCUCUGACACACUAGGCAUUUAAAACUUGUUCUGCCUGAAGUCGUGAUAGGAUGAUUACAGAAAGUAUUCACCUUACAUUCUGGGUUAUGGGCUUGAGUUUUUUUUACCAUUCUUUGAUGGAGGAAUUAUAUAUUUUUCUGUCAUCCCAUAUUCCUUAAUGAUGAUCCAACGCAACAUGUUUUAUUCAAUCAUAUCCAUUGUCAGUUGAAUGACAGAUGAAUAGGUAUUUAAUGUAUUACAUUUAUUAACUGUAAUAGUUUGUUAAUAUUUGAUUUAUUUUUUAAGGUGGAUAUUUUGUACUGUCCAUACUACACUGAUCAGAAAUAUAAACACAACAUGUAAAGUGUUGGUCCCAUGUUUCAUGAGCUGAAAUAAAAGAUCCCAGAAAUGUUC